CGCCCCGCUCCUCCCUCGCUUGCUUUCCCUCAGAGUCCGAGCUGUGGCCGAUGGAGCGAGGGAGGCUCGCGCGCUGAGGAGGAGGAGGGGGCGCCUCUCUCAGCCCCUCUGAGGGAACCAUGAAGCCGUUCAAGGGGCAAAGUUCCUCCGCCGGCAAAGAGGUUUUUGAGGAUUUUGGAGAUCUGGCUGAGGUGCUUGGCGAGUUCGAUGCUGUGAUAGAGGAUUUCUCAUCUCCCCUAAAGAAACAUCACUUCCAGUAUGAAGAGCACCUGGAGCGGAUGAAGCGACGAAGCAGCGCCAGCGUCAGUGACUACAGUGGAAUCAGUGACUCUGAAAGUGCAGAUUCACUCUGCAGAAACAGUUUCAGCUUCAGUGAUGAAAAACUAAACUCUCCAACGUUGUCCACUCCAGCUGUCUCUGCUCCAAAAACAGCUGCUCAAAAAGCAAAGCUUGGAGACACGAAAGAACUAGAAGACUUUAUAGCUGAUCUUGAUAAGACCUUGGCAAGUAUGUGAGACAUGCUGGCUUGACACAAUACAUGCCCUGGAAGGAUAAAGUUGAACCUUGCCUGAUACCUCUCCAUCAAUCAUUAUUUGACGUGACAGAGGCCAAUAUUCUCAUCUCCCAAGCAUGCUACCAGGCAUCUCUACUUACACGUUUCACCAGUCACAACUGUUGUCUUUUCCCCAGAUGCAAAUAACAGAUGUCCCCAUCCUGUACUUUUUCAUAAAAUAAUAGCUUAAUAUUAAUUUAAAAGUGCUUUUAUGAAAAGAUUUUGUAAUUUUAUAUAAUUAACUUUAAUGCUGUUGAUUACAAUAUAUUUUUGUAUACAAAUAAAAACCUGAACUGGAAGUUUAAACUAAAUAUAUCUUUAUUAAAAAGUCUGUCAACUA